GGGAUCAUAGCACCAUCUGACGAAAGGAAGGAUGUGCUUAUCGUAUAAGUCUGGCAUCGCCUCAAGUAUCCAAAGAAUCUCUUCUAACUUUGAUGUAACCUUCCGCUGCGGGCUCCGUUCUCGAUAAAUACGAUCGUGCCACACGGGAAUGACAAAUUAGAUUCCUUGGUCAAGCCUGAAGUAAUCAUGUAACAUAUUUUUCUCUCUUCGUUCGUCUUCUCCAUCGUCCUUCCUUAUAUUCAACCAGAACCAAGCUCACCAUUGAAUUCUGAUACAGACUGUCAUAUUAUAGAGAAUUUACUUUAGCAUCCAUAUGAAUUAUUGUAAGAUACUUUAGCUUAGCGAGGCUCAUGUCAUCAGUUUGGCCCCCGGUACUGUCGUCACCAACAUGGGCGCCACCCCUAGUCAAGCUUCGAGAUAGUUGUCUCAACUGUGCUAAGUCUAAGUUGCGAUGCGGCAGAGAGAAACCAGCUUGUGCCCGUUGUAUGAGGCUAGGAAAAAGUUGUGACUAUGUUCCUUGCAGGCGUCCAGGUCGAACACGCGCCUCCGCAUCGGAGAAAGAAAGAAGGGAAAACGUCGAACAUGCGGCUCCUACUCAACAGACAGCGCAUUCACCUGAGGUGUCGAUGCCAUGGACCACUUUGGUACCGGGCGCAACACAAGUUCCAACAACCCUUGGCUCUCCUAUUUACCAAGACAUGGUUCUAAAUUCUGGCUUCCUCACUGGAGAACCCGUCAUGUCUUCGCCACUGACAUACGACCCUUGGUUUUGUGAUGCGACGGGGGUCUCUCUGUACCAACCCAUGUUCGACUCGAUUGAUAACGUGAACGAUCCGCAACCGGAAACUGCGAUGGCGUAUCAAUUCACUCAGUUUAACCCCCAUCACCCCGUAGUGCCAAUGCCGAUGCCGAUGCCAAACCUUCUACGAAAUACGAUCUUAGAUUCGUCAAUUAUUUCCAACCCUAAUCAGCCAGUAAUGAGUCCGGCUACGGACACUCAUCUUAACCUCCCAACCAUGCCCACAGAACCUCCUUUACAACCUCCAUGCUCGUGCCCUAUCCGUGCAUUUGGGUUAUUUCAGCAACUCUCCCUGAGCCCGUCAAAGAUCUCAGUGUUCAAGGAACAAUAUACAAGCGACUGUACCCGGACGAGCCAGUGGAGCACGGAGGGGAAACAAUGCUUGGAAGAAAUCACCAGCAUGGUAAAAUGCACGUGCUCUGAAGACCCGGAUUUGCUAUCUUUCAAGAGCCUGCUCGCCUUCAAGAUAAUGGGGGUUUUCAAGAUUACAUCCCGCGAGCUUGAGAAAACCUCACUAGCAAACGACCACAACCUCGGCCAAUACAUGGACAACACUCCCGAUAUCGAGGGACAUAGCUACUCUUCGAAGAUACGCGUUGAGGACCUUCACCUUGUGCAGCAACUUGUCAGCUCGCUCUCGCUACAACUUAGGAGACUAAGAGCCGGCAAACCGAUGGAGGAGAGCGCGAUUUCAGAUACCCAUGCUACGAACUACGUCUCAGCUGCUAAUAGAAUGGAAGUCGUGGAUAGGACAGAAGAGAAUAAAGGCUUUGUACCUUAUACGUUACUACGUCAGCUGGAAGUAGAACUUCGCAGAAGUCUCCAAAACCUGUUCACUGAGAUUGGGGAAGAUGGACAUCAGGGGGACCUCUUUGAUUCCAGUAAAUACAACACAGCUAAUUAUUGAUCAAGUGUCAUGGUGGAGUGAUAAAACCUGUCAGCUAACGAGGCUUAGAUCAUUGAAGCCACCUAAUGAUAGGGGAAUGACGAGAGUGGAAGACUAUAGAAGCGUGAGGCGGAGAACU